CCAAAUCUUCGCUCACGGAUCCCGCGCCAGGAGCUCGGCAUUGCGGCCCGGCCUACUGUCCUCUUGUUCUUGGAAACGGCGUCAGAGAGCAGCUGAGAGAGGCUUAACAUUUCAAACGUCUGGCGGUAGGCUGCAAAGUUUCCACCCUGAAAACACCGUCAUGCAGCAGCAGCAGCAGGCUGAAGCCGGACACCACUCCUCACGGCUUGGUGUUCGAUAGGAACCGAUUUGCUGUAAAGCUGUGGCGCGCAGCCUCUCUGCACCCGGGAUCACACUCUUAAUGCUUUAGUUUCUGUCUGAUGGAAGCUGAUUUAUUUCCAUGAGGAGAACCUGUUGCAGUCUGUGCGCGUUGUGUUGCAGGUGCAGCAGUGUUGGAACUCGAUUUCUUAAUUGUAUUUCUGUUCCAAAUGCGUGCGUAAAACAACACCACCGCUGUGAUUUAUCAGCUCUCCUGACUUUUUAAUAAGGACUUUUUUUAACAUACAACGAAUUACAUUUUUGAGUAAUUCUACGUGAAUAAGUCACCACAAUAAUCACAUUUGAUUAUUGGUAUUUUGAGUUAAAAUCCUUUUUAAUCUUGCGCGUAAAAGUCUGCUCAGCGUUAGCAGCAACAUCGCGCAUCACGGAUUAAAAGUGGGAUUCCGGCGCUCUUAGUCAUAGAUGUCCUCUCAGCUGGAAGGAGGCCUGCAGCUGGACACCACAGCAAAACUUGACGUAUUAAAAUCCGAGGGAGUUGUUGACGUGACAAAUCCUGACGGAUGCGCUGGGCAGCGCGGCUGCCGCGGGGACGGUGGGGAGAAAGUGUCCCUGCCUCCGGAGCGCCAUCAGCAGAAACCACGCAAGAUGACCCGGAGCCCCAAAUGCGCUCGCUGUCGGAACCACGGGGUCGUUUCGUGUUUGAAAGGCCACAAACGCUUCUGCCGCUGGAGGGACUGUCGCUGUGCCUGCUGCCUGCUGGUGGUGGAGCGGCAGCGGGUCAUGGCAGCGCAGGUCGCACUGAGGCGGCAGCAAGCUGCGGAGGUGAGGGGCGCACAAGGCCAGGGUAAGAGGGGGGUCAGGUGUGCAGCACCGUCGAGGAGGACAGCGUAUCAGCGUUACACCAGAGCAGCCGAGCCGAGCAUUCUGGCUAAGAGCAUCCUGCAGGGGCUCAAGCCGGUGGUGCCGCCGGAGGACGACGCCUCCUGCUGGUCAAAGCAGACACAGCGCGACCAAACACACUUGGCGUGUCCCUCCAUCAGCGCCCGGAUGAGGAAAAGGCGAGCCUUCGCAGACAAGGAGCUGGAGAAUGUGAUGCUGGAGCGGGAACUGAGGCAGAGAGAGCUGCAGAGCGACCUUUCCUUCUCCACCCCCGCCCUAGUCCCCGUGCUUCACCCUCCGCCCCUGCCUGUCUCCCCUAGCCUCCACUGCUGUCUUCUCAACAAGGACCCCGCCGCUGCAGGGGCAUCCAGUUAUGUUCCUGUGUAUAAAUAUAAGCCUCUGUAUGAGUGUGACUUCCACUUCUAUCAGUUCUUCCACCUAAAGAGCAGGUCCUCUACAGAGGAUGAUUAUAAUGACUCUGUGUGCCUAAGCUCAGAGCAAAGCAGGGAGGAAGAGGAGGUGCAGAAUAGUUGGAAAGGCUGUGAGAAGAAGGAGUUGAUAUCAUCACAACAAAGACUCAAACAUCAUGGCAGCACCUUGUCAGGUCUAGACCUUGUCAAAUCACUCUCAGAACCAACAGAAAUAAUGGACUCGAAUGGCUCUUCAACCUUCACACGCUCUAUUCCUGGAUCAGAUCAGGGUAUCCUGGGCGGGCCAGACGUCAGCGCACCCAGCAGGACUUCUGAUUCCAGACCUCUGACAGCUAAGGGCUGGUGCACAGACACUCCUGACGACCAGGCAGGUGCUCAUGCCGACUCUGUGAAGAGCCCUCAUGGCAGCUCAGUCAGGACUGCUGCUGUGAGGCCAUUACCGUUCUCUGUAGAGGCUCUGCUGAGGGCCUGACAGGCAAAUGGAAAGCGCUGUAGUGCACUUUGUUUAUGUGCCGACUAAGAAUUGAUGUAGAGCGAAUAAAUAUAAAAAAUGGCUAGGUGUAUUAGAGGCUUUGAAACAUUUUUCUUGACAAGGGCUGGUUGUUAUGAAGUGGCAAAGGGGCAAAAAUUAUGAAAAGAACAUUACAGUGUUUGUAUUUUUUCUUAUUUCUCAUGACAACAUAUUAGGCUAUAUAUUAACUAUAAUUAAAAAAAUCUAUAACAAACACAUAUGUAUUUUAUUACCAUAUUUUUCAUUUUCAUAUCUAUAUACUGAGCAUAUUUGUACAAAUGCACACUUUAAGAAUGCAAUUCUUUUUUUAUACCCCUGUGUCAUCAAUGCGGUGAAAAUAUACUGAACCACUCCA